AUUUCCCAGUGACUGGGGAUGGGAAAAACUUGUAAGACCCAGUCCAGGCCACAGGGGCAACAGGGAAAAGAUCCAGGGCAGAGACAGGAUGAAUCAGCUCAUUGGAACAGAGGGGUUGGAAAAAUCAAAGAAACUGCUCAGCUCACAGUCCCCACUGGAGAGACACCCAAUAUGUUUGGUGACUCUGGGAAAAGCAUACCUAGGAGUUCAGCCCAUAUUACUCAGCAGACAAUCCACAUGGGGAAAAAACCCUAUAGAUGUGCAGAGUGUGGGAAAAGCUUCUCUCAGAGUACUACGCUCAUUAACCAUCAGAGAAUCCACACAGGAGAAACACCCUAUACAUGUUUGAUCUGUGGGAAAAGCUUCCGAUACAGCUCAGUCCUUGCUACACAUCAGAGAAAACACACUGGAGAGAAACCUUAUAAAUGUCCUGAGAGUCAAAAAACAUUCAGUGGCAGUGGAAACUUUAACAGGCAUCAGAAGAUGCACACGGGAGAGAAGCCCUUCAAAUGCACCGAGUGCGGGAAAAGCUUCAGGGAGGGCUACCACCUUGUUUCACAUCAGAGAAUGCACACGGGAGAGAGACCCUAUGGAUGCCCUGACUGUGGGAAACACUUCUCUGACACUGCUGGGGUCAUUAUCCAUCAGAGAAUCCACACAGGAGAGAAGCCCUAUAUGUGCCCCAAGUGUGGGAUCAGCUUUGUUCAGCCCUCACAACUUGUUAGACACCAGAGAAUCCACACCGGAGAAAAGCCCUAUAAAUGCCUGACCUGUGGGAAAAGCUUCAGUGAUAAAUCACUUUUAAAUCAACACCAGAGAAUCCACACAGGAGAAAAACCUUAUACAUGUACGACUUGUGGGAAAAGCUUCCGAUACAGUUCAGCUUUUACUACACAUCAGAGAAAACACACUGGAGAGAAACCUUAUAAAUGCCCUGAGUGUGGGAAGAGCUUCAGUAGCAUCACAACCUUUAAUGGUCAUCGGAAGAUACACACAGGAGAGAAGCCCUUCAAAUGCUGUGAUUGUGGGAAAAGCUUCAGGAGGCGCCCAGACCUUAAUGUACAUCAGAGAACACACACAGGAGAGAAACCCUAUAAAUGCCUGACCUGUGGGAAAACAUACCGAUGUAGCUCACACCUUUCUAAGCAUCAAAGAAGCCACACAGGCAAGAAAUCCUUGAAGUGCCCUGACUAGGGAAGGGAGAAAUGAAUAACAUCUCUGCCAAUUCCUGUGAAUCUCAGAGUGUCAGGCCAGGCUGGAGUGAUUGUGUAAUGGGGAUUAUGCAAUGGUUCUAAGGCAGAGAAUAAAACCACAUUCUGGGGACAGAGCUGUGUAGAACAAGAGGCUGGGAUAAGGUUCCCACAUUGGGAUGAGAUUGGUUUAUGAUUUUUCAAGAAGCUUUGAACAGCUUCUGAUCAAUGCCUACAUUUAAGUUAAUUCCCCACAAUUUGUCAGUUCAGGCCAUAGUCAAGGAGCAUGUUGGAUUCAUCGUUGACACUAAGCUGUCACAUAGUAGCAUCUGCAAGUAAUGUUCUCUAUCAUCUCCCCUUGGCUAGGAGAUGCUGUUCCCUGCAGGCAGACAAAAAUCCUGCCUCAGUUACUUACAGCUUUGUCACCCCUCAGCAGGGCUGCAGCAAUGUGAUCUGCCUGGCCAUGAAACCAUCAGUGCCAAGGGAGCUUCAGCUAGUACAGAACGCUGCAGUGCAUCUUCUCUGCAACGCAAACUCCUGUGAGCAUACGCCUGUCCUCCACUCCCUACAUGGCCUGUCCCAGAAUAUCAAAUUAUGUUCAAGAUCUUGGUCCUUAUCUUCAAGGUGCUCCAUGGCCUGGGCCCGGGUUAUUUAAAACACUUCCUAAAGCUCUGUGAAGAAGACCAUAGACAGCAACUUUGCAACUCUGGCACAUUGAAACUGGCCACAAUAAGGGUAAAGUUUAUUUGGGCAGAGACAAAACUGCCGACUGAGACAUUGGAAUGAACUCUCCCAGGAGCUAAAGACCAUUACCAACCUGACCACCUUCUGCUCCAGAUGUCCCUUUCUGCAGAACUGCUGCUUAGCCAGUCGGUCCCCAGCCUGUAGCGAUACAUGGGAUUCUUCCGUCGAACUGGAUGGCUCCAUUUAACUAGAAGUAGUUGUGAAUGGUUUUGUUUUCCUGUAAGUCUUCCUGCGGAUGUGUGAGCUAGCCCAUAAAGUAUGGAGCCUGGGGUCUCACAGGGACAUGUGACCAUGUCACCUGAUACUGGAAUCCAUCUUAAACCAGGUACUUUCCCAUAAGGAACUGGGAGGGUCAAGCUGAAGUAAAGGACACCUGCCUUUUGCCAAAUCUAUAGAAGGGGAUGAAACAGGACAGAAACUGCGGCCAGUCAUGAGGAAGGCCCUACUUACCAUCCAGGAUGUCUGCUGGAACUAACAUACAGUAAACGGGGGAAGGAUUGGGCCUGGACUAGAAAUGUGUCUAGUCUGUGAAAAAAGCUUAUUGGAACAUCUGAGGGUCUUACAGCUUACCAAAGGCCUGAGCUAUUCCUUCAUGGUGCAGCAAGGCCUGGUGGAUCGCCCUGGCAAGGUCCUCAGUAUUCAAGUGGAGUGAUCUGGCCAGGUACAGCAGUGACAAGCCAGACAGGCUGAUGGCUCAUUAGCAAAGACAAAGGACUGUGAAAGGGCUUAGUCCUGUGGACACUCCAGACAGCUUGCGAGUAAUGGCUGCCACAGCCCUGCAGAGACCUGGGUCCGAGACACCUGGCACUGGGUUUCCCCCCCUUUCGAAUGCCAGUGUUUUUCCACGGGAUGACAAAGGGUUCCCACCAUACACAAGAGCGAUAUAAGGCAGGGGAGUGUCGGCAUCGUGGUUCUCCUCUGCCUUCCCACCCAAAGAGACACUCAAAAGCAUCUGGAAGCAAGAACUGAACUGGAGGGAGAAGGGUUGAGCUCAGGCUGGAAGGGCGUCUAGCCUAACAAGCAGAACUAACCUUGUCAGAAAGAAGAAUGAAAGUAAUAGAAGAGUAAAGCCCGCGCUACAAAAGAGAAAGAAAACCAGAACUUACUACCAUAUCAUUACCAUUCAUAGCACAGAGUACAGUGAUAACGUACAUAUGCUACCCCUGAUGGAAUUCUGGGCCAAACAAAAUGAAAAUUCAGUGCACAAUAUUGUAAAAUUCUGCAUAUUUCAUUUGUCAAAGCAACACAGUAGAAUCACACCAUUUUCAGUUAUUUUGGUAAUUUAUUUCAAAAUAGCUGUCAACAAUACAGGAUGUGAUGAACUGGGGUUUUGUGCUGUUGCAUGUGAGUCUUACUGUCCUAUACUAACACUGGGUGUACCUCAGUUUCCCUGGGUACUGCACCAGUGCCUAGAUGGUGAUAGGAAUUGGGUAUGUGACUUUUACUGAGGCUCUAGGACAGGUCAGGCUGCCCAUCUGCCUACACAUAAACAAUGACCGAUGCCCUUUGUAACCUGAGUCCCAAGAGAGGGGUGCAACCAGGUCACUCUUUGCCCGGGAAGCAGACAAAUAGUGGGGAACGAGCAACAGGCAGGUCGGAGGCCCAGUAGCUGGAGGCUGGUCAGUCUGCAUUGGGGACUGGUGGGAUCCAGGGCAUCUGGCCUGGGAAUUCCCUGAGAUGCGUUAGGCUAAAGCCGGGGUUGGCAACCUUUCAGCAGUGGUGUGCCGAGUCUUCAUUUACACACUCUAAUUUAAGGCUUCGCGUGCCGGUCAUACAUUUUAAUGUUUUUAGGUCUCUCUAUCAGUCUAUAAUAUAUAAUCAAACUACUAUUAUGUAAAGUAAACAAGGUUUUCAAAAUGUUUCAGAAGCUUUAUUUAAAAUUAAAUUAAAAUUCAGAUCUUAUCAGUU